AUGAUUGAAUGUAUGAAGACAGCCGUUGUCUGGCCGUCUCUCGAUUUCAUUCCACGUGCUGUCGAUGUAGCCGACACAUGGGCUUUGGUCACUGGUUAUGGUUAUUCAAAUAUCAUAAAAAAAUCCUACUCAGUUCUCGGAUGUUUAAUUAAUCUUGUUUCGCUCCCAAAUUCAUCAUGCAUCGUUCUCGCUGAUGAGACAAGUUACUUAAUACCAUGGGAAUUACAAUCAUAUAAUGAUCUUUACGAAAUCUCAGUGGCUAUUCGUGGUCGAAAAAUACUCGUCGGAAUACAUCGUUUGAAUUUAGUCGUUGUUCUUGAGAAUAAUAAUAAUUCGCUGAGUAUUACUCAUAAUCACACAAUUUCGUACCAAGAUUCUUCUUCAUUUGGUCGCGGAGUAGAUUGGGCUGAUGAAAAAACAAUCGCUGUUUUGGUGCACAGAAGUCCUCAAUCAGCUUGGUCGAAAUCACAAGUGUUCUUCUAUGAUGAAAGGUCGGUAUCGUCGUCUUCGCCUCUAUAUACUUUUCCCAAUAAUCAACAGAUACUUGGUUCUCGUCUGUCAAACCCUUAUUUUGCUCGUUUUAUGAUCACGGCUGGCGGCAAUAUGGUCAUACUUACAGAGGAAUAUGCCGAUAUUUUAAUUAUACCGAUUGCUUCACCCGGUUCUGUUUCGAUAUGGAUUGAUACUUCGACUUUAGUUUACGUCUUCUACUACAAACCUCAACCAUGCAUCGGUGGUACUUUCAAAAGUGUCUCGAGUAUGGGUCCCUGCCAAAUUUGUCCACCUCGCACUCGAAAUCCAGGGGAAUCUUCAAAUACAAGCCUUCCAUGUAUUCCAUGUUCCAACAAGUCGAGUUCUUUUUGUCCGCUGGCAUCACUGACUGAAAUUGAUCGGAGUACUGUACCUUCUUAUAGCCAAGCGGCAGCCUAUCCUGAAAGUCCUGAGACAACAGAUAUUGAGGAUCUCCUUUUGGAAAAUACAUUUAAAAUAACUUCCGAUUCCAGUUGCUUGACCAUUUCUCCGCUCUUUUGGGCAUUAGUUGUCAGUGGUCUUAGUCUUCUUAUAUGGAUCGCAAUGUUCAUGUCCAGAAAUUCUAGUUGUAGGGGAUAUGCUAAGUAUCGAGAGUUUGCCAAGAAUUUUUUCAAACAUGCAGAUCUAAUUGGAGAAGGCGAAAGAUGGGCUGGUGGUUUAGCUACUUUUACUGUCAUUGUUCUUGUUGCAUUUUCAUACUGGUUUUUAGCGUCAUUCAUAGGAAGAUAUCCGAUCGAAGAAGUAUCAAAACCAGUCUCAUUCUCAUGUGACAAAUCAUUAGCCAAUGCAAAGUUCUCUACUGAUCUUGAACUUCUGUCUCUUCCGAAAUCUGAAGAUGUUCAAACGAUCUUCACUAUGCUUGACGAGCAAAAAUUUCAAUUGACAAUUGAUUUUAUCAAUACUGGAUUCACGUGUAACGACAUUGCCGCCCAACAAAAUUUGCUUGUGACAAAAUAUAUUCCUUUAUCGACGCGAUGCAUACAGUCAAAAUUGAAUGCAACAACGUCAAUCACUCUCAUUUUCCCGAAUCAUUAUGCAACUGUGCAAAUUAAUUUGACUGGUCCCUUCUGGAUUGGUGGAUUUCGCUUGUGCUUCUCUGGUGAAGGUCGCACAAAAUUGAGUAAUACACUACGUGAACUCGAUUUUUGUCAAUUCUAUGCCGAUGGCAACCAGGCCAUUAGUCGCUCGACUAUGAUUCCUAUCGUCCUCGUUAAAAACAUUAAUAUGACCAAAGCACUAAACACAGAUGAUCCGGUGAAGUAUUCAGGUCUGUGGAUACCGAUUUUUGGCAGUGUCACACUCUCAGAUGAAGCUUACUAUACUGAUUUUGGUAACUACUUACGUUACACUUUGUCAUUGACUAUUAUUGAAAUCACUCUGAAUGAGAGUCCGUUUUAUAUAAAGAAUAUUCAAGAGCCGAUCGUUCGAAGAGGUCAAUUGGUCUUCAAUGGAUUACUCUUUACUUUUCUAUGUAUUGAAAUUUUUGGUUUUGCAUUUCUUCUCAUCAAACUUGUCAUAUUGCCUCUGCUUCAACAGGCCGAUACUAUCUGGAAAGAACACUGUCAUCGAUAG